AAGUUCAGACGACACAAUUGUAGCGAAACCUCAAUUUUGGUGACCUCAGUUUGUCUUUAAAAAAUAAACCUCUAGAAUUAUCUCAACCUGUCGAAGUGUGUCGAAGUAUGAUUGCGUCGGUAAAUGGUGGUUGGUUUAAUUGGCUUUCGAAUGUUUCUGUAGAUAUUUUUGUCAAUGCACCAUCAUCAAAAUAAAAUGAAAAUGAUUUAGAUUUGUGGUGGAUAAUUAAUGUGAAAAGAUUAUAAAAGAUACGUCAACAACAUGGUGUUCAGCGAUUGUCCAGACGUUGAAAGCAUUGGUUGCGGCUUUAACGCUUUUAAAGAAAUAGACGAAGUGACAAGUCUAAUCGAAGAAUUGAAGAAGCCAGACACACCGUCAUGUAUUAUCGAAAAAAAUGUAGAACGAUUCAACUUCAUUUUAACGCAAUACCAAGAUCAGCCUCAUCUUCUCGAUGCAUAUCUUGAAAACAUUUUGGCAUCCAUGCUGUCUGUGAUAAGAGAUGAAAAUAUACCAGAGAGUGACAAACAUGUUGUAUUUAAGUAUCUUUUUAUUGUCAUGUCCGUCAAGAGAUACAAAAAAGUUGUGAUAUAUCUUCCACAUGAGGUAACAGACCUUCUACCUGUUUUACGUAUGCUGGAAAAACAAGAUCCAGCUGAUCUUCAGACAUGGCAAACACGUUAUGUUCUUCUGAUAUGGCUGUCAAUAAUUUCUAAAAUACCAUUUCCAUUAUCGCGUCUGGAGACAUCAGAUACUGUAGCACCAGAGCAAACAAUUAUAAUUCGAAUAUUAAAAAUCUGCAAGUUAUAUUGUUUGUCAGCGGAUUCAUGCUCUACAGCUGCAGUAUUUUUGAUUGCAAACUUUUUGACACGGUCGGAUGUUAAAAAAUUGUAUUUGGAGGAAAUGAUCACUUGGUGUUUUGAGUGUUUAGAAUCUGAUUCUUCAAAACAUGGACCUUUGGCUGUACUGUCAUCGAUAUUGAAACAUUGUGCCCGAGAAGAUUUAAAGCCUUAUAGUCAAAUGAUGCUUGAUAAGGUGCUGAAGCUACAAUUAAGUGACAAUGGAGCAGUUCUUGUUAGAAAGUUUGGGAUUAAAGUCAUACAACGUAUAGGGCUUGUUUUACUAAGAACAAAAUUGGCACCCUGGCGAUAUCAAAAGGCAAGUAAACCAAUCAGUCUUCUCCCAAAAGACAAUAAAAUUACCAUUCCUGAAAUUGUGGGUGAUACAAAAGAAACGGUCGUCAGUGACAAUGACGAUCAGGAUAUUCCACCAGCUAUAGAAGAAAUUAUUGAACAACUUAUUCAAAGUCUCCGUGAUAAAGCAAUAACAAUCAGAUGGUCUGCUGCCAAAGGUAUUGGUAGAAUUACUGGACGAUUACCAAUUGACAUGGCAGACGAUGUUGUUGGAUUUGUAUUAAACUUAUUUUCUGGUCGUGAAUCUGAUUGUGCAUGGCAUGGAGGAUGUUUAGCACUGGCUGAAUUGGGAAGGCGAGGGCUGUUACUACCUCAUCGUUUGAAAGAUGUAAUUCCAUUAGUUCAUCAAGCAUUAGUAUUUGACGAGCCACGAGUUUACGGCUCUGUCGGAUCUAUAAUUAGAGAUGCUGCAUGUUAUGUUUGCUGGUCCUUUGCCCGAGCUUUCGAGCCCCAUGUUUUUGAACCUUAUGUGAAAGAAAUCUCGGCUACAUUAGUAGUAGUUACCGUAUUUGACAGAGAGAUAAAAUGUCGUCGUGCAGCAUCAGCAGCAUUUCAAGAGAAUGUGGGAAGACAGGGCAACUUUCCCCAUGGUAUCGAUAUUGUCACCGUGGCUGAUUAUUUUGAAGUAGGAGUGCGGAGCCACGCCUACCUCAAAAUAAGUGUUCACAUAGCACAAUAUGAGGAAUACACAAAGCCUUUAAUAGACCAUUUAGUUGCAAGAAAAAUUGGGCAUUGGGACACAGCAAUAAGAGAACUUUCAUCAAAGGCCCUUCACAAUUUAACACCUAGAGAUCCACAAUACAUGGUGAAAGCGGUAUUGCCGAGUCUUUUGGAAAUGAUAAAUUCAAUAGAUUUAAACACACGGCAUGGCGCAGUUCUAGGGACAGCAGAAGUUUUACAUGCAUUAUUUAACAAGUAUAAUGACACUAUUGAAAAUAUUAUUGGGGAAGAAGCCGUUCAUCAAAUAGAAAACAUUGUACGGUCAUUCAGAAGUCGAGGACAAUUUAAAGGUCUUGGAGGAGAGCUUAUGAAACAAGCGUGUGCUGUGCUAAUUAAAAAAUGUGCUCUUGUUCACUUUCCCGUCCAUUCCACAGAAGUAAUAAGUGAGUUGUCAAUUAACGAACGAGUUAUAUUAGAUGACUGGCAGAGUUUAUUGGAAGAAUGUUUAAGUCAUGAGAUAACUGCAGUAAGACUGAAAGCAGCAGAGACUCACACUGAUUUUUUCAGCGAAUUUUACAUAGAUUCUCAUAUAAGUAAUAAUGAUUGUAACAAGAUUAUCAAUCGGUAUCUGGAUAAUCUUCGAUCCAAUAGCCAGAUCGUCAGAGUCGGAUUCGCGCAAGCUAUAGGUUAUUUUCCAUUACCCAUCCUACGGAGAAUGGCCAAAAAUAUUAUAGAAGCUCUUAUCAAAUGUUCACACAUAACCGAAGAAACUAGCAAGUGGGCUGAAAGUCGUAAGGAAGUCUUAAAUUCUUUGACCAUGAUAUGUCAGACUUUAGGAGUCAGUGAAGCAGAUACAUGGAAACCUUACAUCAAUGACCUUUACGACUGUUAUUUGCUUGCGCUUAAAGAGUACACAAUUGACAGCCGCGGAGAUAUAGGUGCCUGGGUACGAAACGCAGCUAUGUCUGGUUUAUGUGUACUAACGAAUUUAGUAUUACGAGGAAAUCUUUCUUUGAUGUUGACUGAACCACUAAUGACAAGUGUCAUCGGAGGUAUAGCACAACAGGCUAUUGAGCGAAUCGAUGGAAUUCGAGCACAAGCAGGCGCCAUUUUCAGUGGACUUAUACACAGUGAGCCGGAACUUCCUAAUAUUCCGUAUCACAAAGAACUGAAGAAUAUUUUUCCUCGAGAUGAGUGCAACGAAAGCAUCAACUGGAAAAUGGAAUGCACUACAUUUCCACGUUUUGUUAAAAUGCUGAAAUUUCCACCUUAUGUAACUUAUCUCUUACGAGGAAUUAUAUCCAGUGUCGGUGGCCUAAGUGAAUCCCUGGUAAAAUACUCGAGCGUAUCGUUAUUUUCUUAUCUGAAAGAAAUUGAUGAACAAAGUUUGCAAGAAAUAUGUAAUAGGGUAUUGAACAUUUUCGAGGAAAGUCACAAAAACGAAAGAAUGAUCACCUCGUUACUUGCUUUCCUGGAUCGACUAUUGAGUUCUGGAUGUCUCCAAGUUAUUCUUGAUAACCCCAACAGUGAGAUUCCGGAACGUCUUUUAACGUUAUUAAUUAGGGAACGAAAACACAUUAACAACACGAAGCUUCUGACCAACAUUAUACAAGUAUUGUGUCAGCUUUUACAGGUACGAGGACCUGCUGGAAAAAAGGCCUUCUUUCAGUUAAGUAUAUUCUUAUGUAAUAAGUACAAAUGCUUGAGAAAAGUUACCGCUAUGCAUAUGUACGAAGCUUUAACUCUUUAUGGCGAAGAUAUGGACUUAACAGAGGAUGAGCUACAAAGCAUUUUAACAGAAUUAAAUGCGACCGAUUGGGAGCAACAAGUAUCGGAUCUGCGAACAAUUAGGAAUAAUCUCUGCAAUUUGAUGAAAGUCCCUGUACCAGUUGUACAGAAAAAAACAAACUCAUGAAACACCUAUUUCCAUCGGCUUCGUAAUUACUGUUAAUUAUUCACAUAAUAUUUGCCAACCUUCAAUUCCAUUAAAUCGUAACGCUUAAUUUAUAUGCUUGAGGUAUGAAUGUCUUUUUUUUAAUGCCGUUGUCGCGUUUAUAUAAUUAAUAUGGAAAAUGAAUAAAAAUUAUAAAACUUGCUGGAAGCUUGUUAACAAUUUUAUUUUUGUAUUAACUUCUGACCGUUUUCCUGAACACAUCGGUACGAAGAUUAUUGUACAGAUAAAGACACUUGUUUAGCA